AUGUACGAUGAUGAAACUAUUUUGAAAGCGGCUUCUAUCUAUGCUCAAGAUCUUUCAACUGAUGAUAAUUCUAUUCUUAAAGCAGAGUUGCGCAUUUGGAGACACCAAUGGAAAAAUAAGCAAAUUAAAACAGAUUCAGCUAUUGAUACAUUACCCCAUUGCACAACUGUCGUACCAAAUAUAAAAAUACUUUUACAAUUGUUUGCGACAUUGCCAGUCACCUCGGCGACGCCUGAACGUACAUUUUCAACUCUAAAACGAUUAAAAACAUAUCUACGUUCAACCAUGUCGGAAGAACGACUCAAUGGAUUGGCAUUAACAAAUAUUAACAAAAAAGAACUACUCUGUGAGGAUGAAAUAAUUAAAUUAUUUUCCAAAAAGGCACCCAGAAGGAUGCAAUUAGAAGACUGGAGCAAAUAA